AUGUUCCUUCAGCCAGCCUGCCCUCUUAUUCUUUUUGUACUUCUUUGGCUUCCUGUCCCUCUCUACAUUCUUGUACUUGUCUGAAAAAAUACCGUAUCAGCAGUGGAGGAUCAGCUUCAAGAAUGCACGCAAUUUCCCAAGGAUGGGAGCUCCUGUUUCCAAAACGGCCACCACCACUUCUUCUCAGUCAUACUAUAACACCACUUCUUCCAGGUCAUCCUCUAAGACAAUGGAUAGUGGUAUGUGGACAGUGAACUCCAUUGGCCGUUUGGGAAACCAGAUGGGGGAAUAUGCCACCCUCUAUGCCUUAGCCAAGAUGAAUGGACAUCAAGCCUACAUCUAUCCUGCCAUGCACCAGUACCUCUCACCAAUAUUCCGGAUCACUUUGCCUGUGAUCAAUGCUGAAGUGGCUAAAAAGAUCCACUGGAAGGACUUUGUUCUGCAUGACUGGAUGUCAGAGAGUUAUAAACACAUCAAAGGCAAGUACGUCCGGCUGACGGGCUACCCAUGUUCUUACACCUUUUAUCACCAUAUCCGCCAAGAGAUACUUCAGCAGUUCUCCUUCCAUGACCACAUCAAGGAAGAAGCCAAUCAAUAUCUUCAGGAGCUACGGGGGCAGCGCCAGGAGGUGACAUAUGUUGGAGUACAUGUCCGCAGAGGGGAUUAUGUCCAUUUGAUGCCCAAGAUCUGGAAAGGUGUAGUGGCUGACAGAGGCUAUUUGGAGAAAGCCAUGAACUAUUUCAGAGAGAAGUACCCCAAUCCCAUCUUUGUGGUGACCAGCAAUGGGAUGGAGUGGUGCAAGGAAAACAUCAAUGCCUCCAGGGGGGAUGUUUAUUUUUCUGGGGAUGGGCGCGAGUCCUCUCCAGAGAGGGAUUUUGCUCUCCUUGCUCAUUGCAACCACACAAUAAUGACGAUUGGCACUUUUGGCGUCUGGGCCGGCUACCUGGCUGGUGGGGAGACCGUCUACUUGGCCAACUACACCCUCCCAGACUCUCCCUUCCUUAAGGUCUUCAAGCCCUCGGCAGCCUUUUUGCCUGAAUGGAUUGGGAUUCCAGCGGACCUUUCCCCUUUGCU